AUGUUUCGUACUAACAUACUUUCGAUCAUCCCCAAGGAGCUUCUCCACCACGUUUUCGCGAGUCUCGCCAGCUGUGCUUCUGACAUCGGCGCUUGUCGGCUCACCUGCCACGAAUUCCACGAGCUUAGCUCGGAAUACUUCAUUAGUCGUGCGGUUCUGGCGCCGAACUUGGAAGAUCUCCAAGUUCUUUCUCAAAAUCUUCUACGUCCCCAGUUUUUCAGGCACGCAACGCAGCUUAUCCUCGUAGAGGCUUAUAACAGCUGGGAAGAUGAAGACAAGUACGAUCAAGCCUUUGAAGAGGAAGCUUGGACGGAGAUUCCAGACAAGGACCGGAAACUGUGGCAGGAUCUGAGUCGCUUCACCGACUUCCCUAAUGAAGGACCGGAGAGUCAGGAGUGCAUUGAUAUUAGCAAAGUCCAGAGCUCCGCCUAUAUCCCCACUUUCUACGAGUACACCUCUGCGAUCAGGUACAACAUCCUUGCCGAGCUGUUGAAGAUCCUGCCAAAGCUAUACGAUGUAGCGUUGCUCGAUUACCCCUCAGCCUGCGUCGAGGGCCUAGUCUCCAACAUGUUCGCAGACGAGAAUUACGAGAGCCGGCCCAUGUGGCCGUGGAGAUCCUACGACUCGGGGCGCGACUUCUGCAACUUGUUCUCUCUUCUAGGCAGCACAACAAACAUGAAUAUUCGCAGUGUCACCGUCGGACCAUACUUUUUCGAGAGAGGCAGAGCAUACUGGGAUAAGCAUCGAGAUGAAAAUAUUGUCGUCGAUAGGAGAGAAUUGUCACAUCAUCUUUUACUUGACGCCGUGGACGCCGUAUGGGCUCACCGAAGCCAAGAGGAGACUCGCAUCAUUGGUGGUUUGCGCCGCCUAUCACUUCCCUUUGUACUGGACGAGUAUUCUAUUGUUGAGUCGAGAAGGAUGACAUCACUGCCCACAUUGGUAAAGCUGGCCGCCCCGAAUUUGACCCAUUUGAUGCUCGAUGCUGAAUGGCUUACUCAUGAGCAGCCUCUAAAUGCUGAAGAUGCUGAAGAUGAUCUAGGAUUGCUAGGGUUCAGAGCCUUCAUCGCGCAGAUCCGAUUUCCAAACAUUGCCGACUUUAGUUUAAGCGGCUGGGCCUAUCAUCAGACUGACAUGGAGCAGUUUUUGGUUCGCCACGGAAGCACUCUUCAAUCUGAGAUCCGAGAGCUGGAAGAGAAGUAA